UAUUACUGUUGUUAUUAUUGCUGGGUGAUUUUUAUGCCUGGUCGCUACAAGUGUCACUACUUUUCUUGUGGGGUGAUGUGAGUCCUUUGGUUUAUAAGAUUAGAUAUUUUUUUAACAGACUGUGUGCUUCUAUGCAAAUUACCCCUCCCUCCGAGAGGGUGUUUGGUUGCUUCCAGCUACCGCGCGAUCAAUUAAACGGUGAGGAUCGUGGAGUAGUCGGCAGCGGCUGAGGGAGUUCUGACCGUAGUAUAAGGUGGUUUGACUACUUCACAGAAGACUGAUGCCAGCCUCUGUUGAGUCUUUUGCCUCUUGUCAUCUGAAGGAGAGGUCAACGUCAGACAGCAGAGACGCACCGUGCAGUCAAGAAGGCAGUUCAGUAUAGGAGAGGAGGCUGUCGCUGGAUUCAUACGGUGAAACUUUCUUUUGCCGAACCAAAAAUUAAGUGGGCGAAUAAUGAGUCAUCUGCUGCUGAGUGACUGAGUGCCUUUCUCCCCCCACCCCCCACCCCGAUGGAUCACACUUCCCAGCAGCCCCCACUGAGUCUCACCCCUGCCUCUGCCUCCUGCUGAAUGUUGGAGAGCCUAGGAUGGAAUACCAAGCAAGUGAUGCUCUGAGGCAAUCAAACAACACUGUCGACCUCCAUUACCUUACCCCCCCUGAACGCACCAACACCUGCUCCGCUGCCGCCUCCUCUCAGACAGGGACCGCAGCCACUAGUUGAUCCCAUUCCAGGAUGUUUCUGAAUUUCCGCCGUGUUCGAAAAUGCCAGUUGGUGCAGGUGAUGACCACCUGCCUUGUGCUCUCUGUGGUGAUGGUCUGCUGGCAGCAGCUGGACAACGGCGUCGUCAGCCACGUCAAAUCCUAUUCCUAUCGCUACCUGGUCAACCGGUUCACCUACAUCAACAAGAGCCUCACCAUCCCCCGAAAGCAAGCCAGAAUGUUCAGCAACUUCCAGUACCUUAUGGACCACCCCAAUAAAUGCGUCGGGAAAGAUGUUCUCCUCCUCCUCUUUGUCAAAACGUCGCCAGAGAACAUUGAAAGGCGAACGGCCAUCAGGUCCACCUGGGGGAACGAGACCUACAUCCAAAAUACCCUGGGGGUGACGGUCAAGGUGGUGUUCGUUCUGGGAGCAGUUCAGACCAAGGAGACGGAGCCUCUGUGGAGCAAGAGGAGUGGCGUUGGUUUUCAGGAUCAGCUCAUCCAGGAGAAUCGUCUCCACGGCGACUUGAUCCAGCAAGACUUUUUAGACUCCUUCCACAACCUGACCCUGAAGCUGAUCAUGCAGUUCCACUGGAUGCACAGCCGCUGCCCACACGCCCGCUUCCUCAUGACCGCUGACGACGACAUCUUCGUCCACAUGCCCAACCUGGUGAGCUACCUGCAGGACGUGAGUAGCAGAGGUGUUAAAGACUUCUGGAUUGGUCGAGUGCACAGAGGCGCGCCGCCCAUCCGCAACAAGGAGAGCAAAUACUACGUUUCCUAUGAGAUGUACCCCUGGGUGACCUACCCGGACUACACAGCUGGAGCUGCGUAUGUUGUCUCCAGUGAUGUCGCGGAGAAAAUCUACCACGCCACGCUGACGCUGAACGCAUCCAUUUACAUAGACGAUGUGUUCAUGGGCAUCUGCGCCAACACCGUGGGUGUGUCACCACAGGAGCACACUUAUUUCUCAGGAGAGGGCAAGGCGCCGUAUCACCCAUGUAUCUACGCAAAGAUGAUGACAUCACAUGGACACAUAGAAGACAUUCACGCCGUUUGGAAGGCAGCAACGCACCCUCAGGUGAAGCAGCAGGUCUCCGGAUUCUUAGGGGAUCUGUACUGCACCGCUGUGAAAAUGGCUCUGCUUUGUAAACCCUACUAUUUCAACACCUACCCCUGCAAAGCAGCCUUUUCCUAGUAUUACUCAACACUUUGUGCGUAUCAUCAGACUGUGAGUGCGAAUGUGUCACACUGUAGAUCAUGAGCACAUGAGGGUACUGCUGAGAAUAUUACCUCGGUCCUUUCAGUCGGACAGUCACGUUGAAGUGUUGUAUUCGAGACCAGGCGAUUUGUGUCACUGUGGGUGGGAGAUCAGUGUGUUUAGAGUUCAAACAAUAGAUUCUCAUUCACAGCACAGUGUUUCAAAAGGUCUUCAAUGUUUACACAUCGCCACAAUUCAAACUCAGUAGUGGUGCAAAUGACAAGACCACAUUCUCAUUGUCCUACUGUGAAACGUGAGGCUUAAAUAAACGAGCCAUGGUUAUUAAAACUGACUGACUUAUCUGUGAAAA